GGGAUUUGUGAACAAUUACACAACGCGUCACUCGUUUGUGCAUGGAUUAUGGCGACAGAAAAACUAAACUUAUGUCAAAAUUGUUACUUACUAAAGUUGAAAUGUAGAGCAUAAUAAUAUACGACCUGGAUGUACAAUCUAGAUACGUGCGUGAAGGAAACGUGGUAAAGUUACUGUAUAAGUCGAUGCAUUUAUCUGAACUAUCAAUCAUACCACAUGAAUUGUGGUAACAAUAAAUAUUAAUACAAAUUUGUACUUUACAAAAAAAAAGGUUUUUGGAUUUGUAAAUAUUAACUACAAUUGUAUUACGUUUACAAACUGAAUCUGUAUUGAAAUAGUUACACAUAUAUUAAAAAGCUGACAUUAUGACUGUACCGAACAAUACAACAAUGUCGCCAAUAGUUGACCAACACUUCGAGAUUUUUAAUGAAACGCGAAGCAGCGUAUCGUCAUUGGAGAGAAUUCUGAUCGCAACGCUGCUGUCACCGAUCAUCGUGCUAGGGAUUGUGGGAAAUAUUUUCUCCUUGUUGGUGUGGAUUAAAGGCCGCCGACGUAAGACCUCGACGGCACGAUACCUGUCGGCACUCGCUGUGGCCGACAUUCUUGUGUUAGGAAUACCCGCUACAGAGUUUUGGAUUGAUAACGUCCUAGAAAUUUUUCUCAGCGACACAAAUAAUGUCGCCUGCAGGUCUCUUUCGUACUGCCUAUAUCUUCUUCCUGCUAUCUCGGCCUGGAUCCUUGUUACUGUCACGAUUGAACGCACAAUCAGCGUGUGGUGUCCCCAUCGCGUGAGCGUUGUUUGCCGCCCAAAUAUAGCCGUGAUAUUAGUCAUCGUAUUUACGCUGCUCUUAUCCAUAGUGUACCUGCCUGUUUACAUGGGAAGUGGUUUACGGAGAUUUGUCAACGUACCUACAAAUGGCGACGUUCCGGACUCGCAGGAUGAAUGCGAAAUUCUGACGUCAUCACUAUUCGGAAUAAGUUCGUUAACCAUGAUUUUUGUUGACCUCUGUGUCCUCUUCGUUUUUCCGUUUAUCAUAAUUCUGAUUUGUAACAUCUCAAUCCUUUUAAAAGUUAUCUGUGUAAAGCGCAUGCGCAGAAACACUCUUCAAGAACGCGGAGGACAACAAAACUCUUCACGCCAGAACAUUCUUAAAACUGUUACCUGUCGUAUUAUUAUCCUUAGCACUGCGUUUUUGAUUUGCAAUGCUCCUCUGUUAUUGUUCAACGCUUUAGACAGCUAUGAGAGCAAUGUUUCAGUAGACGACGCUAAUGUAUAUAGCACCGUGUUUCAUAUAUGCAUGUUUCUCAACAAUGGCGUCAAUUUUCUGUUGUACUGUUUAAUAGGGUCUGGAUUUAGAAAAGAUUUUAUUGGAAUUUUUUAAUCUGAACGCAGGCCUUCAGCAGUUACAACCAACGGACGUCUGACGACGAACCACGCGAAUCAAUUUGAACUGCAUGUAUAAGUGAAUCACCUGAUAGUCGAACUAGUACAACAUUUUAUUGUUGUCGCAAACCUACGACCAAACGCGUGCGCCCACGUCAUUUAAUGACGUUGUGAGAAAUAAGAUGUAAACAUCGAUUAUCUCGAUUGUAUUUUAGUGAACAGUCUAUAUAUGCUAAACAGUUGAAAGAAUGAUUCCUAUAAUGGGUAAUAAUGUUGGAGAAGUGAACAGUUAAUAUUUUUUGUAUUCCAAAAUGUUUGCUAAGCUAAACAAUCUUUGUACUUCACUUUAUAUAUUUACUUUAGUAAAUAUAUAUCCUGAUUUGGUAAUUAUUUACAGUGUUACAGCCCAACAUAUCAUUGUUUUUAUUAAACUGAAUAAGAUCUGCAAAUGACAAAGUCAUUCAAUAUAUAAGUACUGAGUGUUACCAAAUGCACAGAGUUUUGAAGCCAUUAUUGUGAACAUGUUAAAAUUAAAUUAUAUUUUAAGACGCAACAGUGCUUCUUCAGCGUAUUGAACAUAAGUUAGCUCGGCUGUUUUCGGAGGAAACCCGAGGUAUUGUCAUAGCCAGCUCGUCGUCCGCCGUCCGACGUCCGCCGUCCGCGUCGUGCUAAAACCUUUACAUUUUGUUAAGGUUUUGAAAA